AUGCAGAAAGCCGUCGUCCUCUGCCUGCUGGUGGCGCUCUGCUGCGCUGCGCCCUCCACGAGGUCCCACUUGCCCAGACCGCGCCUCGAUGGCCGCAUCGUGGGCGGCGAGGCCGUAGACAUCUCGCAGUACCCCUGGCAGCUGUCGCUGCAGAAGCUGGGCUCCCACAGCUGCGGCGCCUCCAUCAUCAGCUCCAACUGGGCGCUGACGGCGGCCCACUGUAUCGAGGGCGCCUACGUCAACUUCGUGUCCCUCAGGGCCGGAUCUUCCACCCGUGGAAGCGGCGGAACUGUGUACGAUGCUGCCGACGGAUAUUACCACGGGGAUUACGACUCCGCAACCACUGACUACGACGUCGGCGUCAUCCAGAUUGACGGAUCAUUCUCCUUCGACAGCAACGUUUAG